AUAUAUAGUGUAUAUGGGAGCACUUCCUCCUAACAGUGACUACUCGCCUUCAUCUCACCAUCAAACUAUCCUCCAACAAGCUAUUGGAACAAAUUCUGUGGGAGAUUCGUUGGUCAGAAGCUAUGGAAGAAGUCUUAACGGCUUUGCAGCCAAACUCACUGAAGCCGAAAGAGAUAAGCUUGGUGGCAAGAAAGGCGUGGUGUCGGUGUUCGAGAGCAGGGAUUUGAAGCUUCUGACGACGGGAUCGUGGGAUUUCAUGGGGUUUGGCGGCACGUUCAAACAUAACCCGAAGACGGAGAGCGACAUGGUGAUUGGUGUUAUCGAUAGCGGAAUCUGGCCCGAGUCUCCGAGCUUUACGGACAAAGGCUUCGGUCCUCCGCCGAAAAAUUGGAAGGGCGUUUGCCAAGGAGGCUCAAACUUCACCUGCAACAACAAGAUUAUCGGAGCACGUCACUACAUCGAUGACACUGCACGAGAUAUCCAGGGUCACGGAACACACACGGCUUCGACGGCCGCCGGGAACGAAGUAGAAGGCGUGAGUUUUCAUGGAUUAGCACAAGGCACGGCGAGAGGAGGCGUCCCUUCGGCCAGGAUUGCAGUAUACAAAGCCUGCAAAUUUAUUUUCUGCAGCGACGAAGGUAUCUUGGCGGCGUUCGAUGACGCCAUUGCAGACGGCGUCGACGUCAUAACGAUCUCUCUCGGAGCGAGGGCUGUUCCUCUCGACCAGAACGCUAUUUCCAUCGGGUCAUUUCACGCGAUGGAGAGAGGCAUUUUGACUGUAAACGCUUGUGGGAACGACGGUCCUUCCCCCUCGUCAAUCGCCAGUGUGGCCCCGUGGAUGUUAUCGGUCGCUGCCAGUACCACUGAUCGCAAAUUCGUAACAAAGGUCGUUCUCGGAAAUGGCACGGCUUUACUCGGAGGAUCAGUCAUCAAUAGUUUCGAAAUGAACGGGACAAAGUUGGCUUUGGUGUACGGGAAAACGGCUACGAGUUCAUGCAGUGAGGAAGAAGCAAGGUUAUGUCGCUCUCUUAACAAAAGUUUGCAGCUUAGUUCUUCUUAUGUUCAUCAAAGACGCUUGUUUUUUUAUAGGAAGUGUGAUCUCAAUUGCUUUGGCGAGGCCAAAGGAAAGAUUCUCGUUUGCGAUAUAGCAAUCGAUGCUGGGCUCGCUGCAGAAGCCGGGGCCGUCGGACUGAUCAUGAACGCUGAAUUGAGGAACCCGAAAGUUUCGAGCAAUAUUUCGAUAUCCGCCUUGAAGAACGAUGACUACAAAGCCCUCUUGUCUUACAUCAAUUCAACAGAAAACCCGCAGGGGAGUAUACUGAAAAGCGAGACGAUCAAAGACACAGAUGCGCCUCUUGUUGCUUCCUUCUCUUCCCGCGGUCCGAACCCUAUAGUCAGCGAUAUCUUAAAGCCGGAUAUAACAGCUCCUGGGGUGAAUAUAAUAGCUGCAUAUUCGCCCGAGGUCGAGCAAAAGUUGGAGUACUAUUUUUCAACCGGAACGUCUAUGUCUUGUCCCCACAUUGCUGGUGUCGCGGCUUAUGUUAAGACGGUCCAUCCCGAUUGGUCGGCUUCGGCUAUCAAAUCCGCUAUCAUGACAACCGCGUGGGCGAUGAAUGGUUCGAGAAACGAAGGAGCUGAAUUCGCGUAUGGAUCCGGACAUCUUAACCCGACGAAGGCUGCUGAUCCAGGACUCGUUUACGAUGCAACAAAGGACGAUUACGUGAAAAUGCUCUGCGCUAUGAACUACACGACAGAAUCUGUAAGGAUCAUCGCCGGAAACAACUCAAGUUGUCCUAAAGAAUCGAACUCGAACGUCGGAGAUCUCAACUACCCUUCGAUGACGUCUAAAGUGACGGCAUCGUCUCCUUCGGAAAUCGUGUUUCCGAGAACAGUGACGAACGUCGGGACGCCAGAUUCAACCUACAAGGCGGAGGUGACAUCCAACCCGAAACUGAAAGUCACCGUCGAGCCGGAAAGCCUCGUGUUUGGAUCGGCCGGAGAGAAGAAGUCGUUCAAUGUCACAGUGGCUCACGAAGAUCUUUCGGGCGUGAAGGGUCCAGUUUCCGCGUCCCUUGUUUGGUCCGACGGCUCUCAUGUCGUGAGGAGUCCCAUUGUUCUUUACUCAUAGACCCAACCAAACAUUAUUUGAAUAAUUGUACCCAACUCUCUAAUCAAAUUCAGGAUAUUUAUUCGAUAUUGUUACAAGA